AUGGUUCGCCAACGCAGCCGGAGCGAUGUUGCCUCGACCACGUCUCCCAAGAUUAGGCGGUUGAGCAAUGCGCUGCGCAAGAUAUCGAGCAUCAGCUCGGCAAAGGACGAUGGAAGUCGGUCUAGCACUACGAGACUUGGCGAUUUUGAGUUUGGCGGCGGGGACCCGAUUGACGGGAGACCUAUUUCGUCCCGUGGGUCCAGCUCCGCCAGCGGGGGCUACGGCAGCCGCAGCGGCAGCGGCGCCGUGAAUGAUUCGGACGUCCAACUUCGCCAGAUUCAGCAGUUGACGCAACGCGUCGGCUUGACGCUCGGGAGCAAGGACGCUGAUGCUGCCUAUAAAGAAUACGCCAAAGUCAAGGAUCAUGUAGCCCUGUGUCGGGCCCUGUUGCGCAACUCCACACCCUCGCCCGGGCCGCCCGGGCGGGCGACCGGGGCGGCGGCGGCGUGGGCGGAUGGAGGCCGGGGACCGUCACGGGAGUCGUCGCUUGAGGUGCCGCAGAGCCCUGCGUCGAUAGUGACUCGGUCUUCGUUUAGCGGGAGGAGUCUCUCGGAAGUGACGACCGGCCAGAGCGCAGGUCCACGCCCGAUGCGUGAGAUUUGCCUGUCUGCCGUCCGCGACUGGAAGGGCUGCGUCGAGUCGCUGGUGGAAGCGCUCGAGCUCUCGCUAUCAGAGACGUAUCGAAACUACGAGCCCGACGCCACGCCGAGCAUGGCGAAGUCGCUCUUCCAGGAUAAAGUCUUCCGCGCCGCCGCGAUCCAGCAGAUGAGGAGGGCGAGCAUCGUCAAGACGUUCUCGCCCAGCCCGGACUUUUUCCCGCUCUACGACAUACGCUUCAGGAACCACGACCGCGUGAAGCAGGAUCUCAUCGAGCUCACGCGGGUUCUGCAGCUGGGAGAAUCGGGCGUCACGGACGAGAGGCCGGUGAAGGAGCUUAAUGUCGCGCCGCGCGGGGACGCCGUUCUCGAGUUUGCGAAUAUCGGAGCCGAUGACGAGGCGGAAGCACUGCCCGUGCUGCGGUAUCGCGUCUCGUCGUUUUUGCUAGCCGAGACGUCGCCCAUAUUCGAGAGGAUGUUCACCGAGCACGCGCACAUUGAGGUCCACGACGACGAGGACCUGACGGACCAGCUCGCGCCGCCACCGACGGCGUAUAUAUGCCCCGACGGCACCGAGGCGAAGCUCUACCGCAUGCCGCAACGCGAAGGCGACCGCGAGCAGGCGCUGACGAUCCUCCUGCACGCGGCGCACAUGCACAAUGACAAGGUGCCCCGCGAGGUGACUUUCGAACAGCUGGUCGCCAUCGCCGAGGUGUGCCUGCGGUACCGGUGCACGUCGCCGCUGGAGCUGUUUGUCGAGCACCGGUGGCUGCCGCAGUGGAUCCACCGGGGCAGCGAGGCGAUGCCGCAGGGUUGGCUGCUGAUUAGUUACGCAUUUGGGUUCCGGCAGCUGUUUACGCGUAUGUCCAAGACGGCGAUCCUGAAUCUUGUGGACGAGGACGAGUUGGAGGGGAUGGAGGCGUGGCCGCAGAGGAUUAAAGAUAAGAUUUGGGGGGUGAGGGGGGCCAAGAUGGCGCAGGUUGAGGAGUGUUGCAUAAGUACGAUUCGGGAGUAUUUGAGGCCGCCUUGUCGUGCUGUUGAGGGGGCCGGUGGUGGUGGUGCGGCCCGGCCGCCGCCGGGCUCGACUUCGUCUUCCGCUGAAGUAGCGUCCACGUCCACGACGAUUACAGCUGCCAACCCGGCUUUGAUGUUCACCAGCACGCCCAGGUGUCCCAAGGGGAGCCACAGCUGCGACGCGACGAACCUGGGUUGGCUGAUGCUCGUCUACGGCGAGCUCGAGCUUCUGCCCACCAUCAUGAAUCAGUCGGUUCUCGGGCACCUGACAGGUGGCCCCCAGCAGCAGCAAUACUCACCACCCCAUCGGAGUCUGGCGCAGCUCGUUGACUUGCUGCGGACCAUUGCGAGUCCGCCGCUGGCGGUUCACAAGGGCGGGCGUGUCUGGGUUGACGUUGCAUGA